AUGUCUGUUGGAGACAAGAUUCCCCUGGGAAUGCCCUGGAAGUUUCAAUUGACAGACUCUGUCUAUAUGGACGACUAUGUCACCGGCACACAUCCUCCCCAGUACUGUGCCGUGACGAAGACAUACAAGAGAUUCUAUCUUCCUGUGACUUAUAGUAUUGUCUUCCUACUGGGACUUACUCUGAAUGGUUCGUUACUCUGGCUCGUGUUCAGUCGCACGCGCAAGUGGAGCUGUUCGGUGGUCUACAUGGUCAACUUGGCCGUUGCCGACCUGCUCUACGUGUUGGCUUUGCCCCUUCUCAUCGUCAGCUAUGCCAUGGAUGACGUCUGGCCGUUUGGGGACAUCAUCUGCAAGACUGUGCGCUUCUUUUUCUACACAAAUCUCCACUGUGGCAUGAUGUUUCUGAUGUGCAUCAGCGUGCAUCGCUUCAUAGGCGUCUGCUUCCCAAUUAAGGCCAUGCGCUAUCGAACCAAGAAGAUGGCCGUCAUGGCCUCAGGUGCGAUUUGGGUGUUGGUAACUGUUGAAAUUCUGCCUACACUCGCCUUUGCCCACACUGGAUUUAUCAACAACAUGACAGUCUGUUUUGACAUGACCAGUCCUGGAAAGUUCCAGCAGUAUUUCCCCUAUGGCCUUUUUCUUGCUAUAGCGGGAUUCCUUCUUCCUUUCCUGGUCAUUCUCAUCAGUAACUGUACUAUGGUGAGGAUUCUAUCCAGGCAACAAAGCGACGGGAGCCCAGCCGGGACAGCAAUGCGCAACAAGUCCGUGCGCACCUUGCUGAUGGUUUCUCUCAUCUUUGUUGUGUGUUUUGGACCUUACCACAUCACCAGGACGCUGUACUUGUUUGUCCGAGUUUACAUGGCCUCCAACUGCAAAGUUCUCAACGUAGUUAUGUUCAGCUACAAAAUGUGGCGGCCCAUAGUCAGCGUGCAUUGCUGCGUCAAUCCUCUACUGUACUUUAUCGGCUCUGACAAGAAGCGCAAACUUAUAUGGAGCCUGUUGUGCCGAAAACGAGUGCACCCAACUGUGUGGACUGUUCAACCUCAGGUACAGGCCGGGAAAUCUGAGCCGAGAGACGGAGCUGGUAAUAAGAGCAGUAGUAAAGAAGGAUAA